AUGUUGGACUUCCUGGCUGAGAACAACCUCUGUGGCCAGGCGGUCCUAAGGAUCGUUUCCUGCGGCAACGCCAUCAUCGCUGAGCUCCUCAGGCUCUCGGAGUUUAUUCCUGCCGUGUUCAGGUUCAAAGACCGAGCCGAUCUCCAGAAAUAUGGCGAUAUCAUAUUUGACUUCAGCUAUUUUAAGGGUCCAGAGUUAUGCGAGAGCAAGCUGGAGGCUAAGCCAGAGCUGCAGGAUUUAGACGAAGAGUUUCGUGAAAACAACAUAGAAAUUGUGACCAGAUUUUACUUAGCCUUUCAGAGUGUGCAUAAAUAUAUUGUAGACUUAAACAGGUAUCUGGAUGAUCUCAAUGAAGGAGUGUAUAUUCAGCAAACCUUAGAAACCGUGCUCCUCAAUGAAGAUGGAAAACAACUUCUAUGUGAAGCACUGUACUUGUAUGGCGUCAUGCUGCUGGUCAUCGACCAGAAGAUCGAAGGAGAAGUCCGAGAGAGGAUGCUCGUGUCCUACUAUCGAUACAGUGCUGCUCGAUCUUCCGCGGAUUCAAACAUGGAUGAUAUUUGUAAGCUGCUCCGCAGUACGGGGUAUUCCAGCCAGCCAGGAGCCAAAAGACCACCCAACUAUCCCGAGAGUUAUUUCCGGAGGGUGCCCAUCAAUGAAGCCUUCAUCAGCAUGGUCAUCGGGCGACUGAGAUCGGAUGAUAUUUACAACCAGGUGGGGAUUGAAUCUAUUGAGAUCUUCGUCGCUUUGAAAGAGGCCCCGAGGCAGACGGUGCUGCAGGAGACCGACUGCGGCAGCCGCAUCCUAGUCCAGCGGUCUGCGGUAAUUAGUAUUUACAUGGGGAUCACGGUUAAUCUAGCGGACGCUUGGGAUCCUUACAAAGCUGCAAAAACUGCUUUAAACAAUACUCUGGACCUUUCAAACGUCAGAGAACAGUCAAGCAGAUACGCUACCGUCAGCGAAAGAGUACACACUCAAGUGCAACAAUUUCUGAAAGAAGGGUAUUUAAGGGAAGAGAUGGUUCUGGACAAUAUCCCAAGGCUCCUAAACUGCCUGAGAGACUGUAACGUGGCCAUCCGAUGGCUGAUGCUUCACACAGCAGACUCAGCCUAUGACCCAAACAACAAACGCCUUCGUCAGAUCAAGGACCAGAUUCUAACAGACUCUAGAUACAAUCCCAAGAUCCUCUUUCAAUUGCUGUUGGACACUGCACAAUUUGAGUUUAUACUCAAAGAGAUGUUCAAGCAAAUGCUUUCAGAAAAGCAAGCCAAAUGGGAGCAUUACAAGAAGGAGGGCUCAGAGCGGAUGACAGAACUUGCCGAUGUUUUUUCGGGAGUGAAGCCCCUAACCCGUGUGGAGAAAAACGAAAACCUUCAAGCUUGGUUCAGGGAGAUCUCAAAACAAAUACUGUCUUUAAAUUAUGAUGAUUCAACGGCUGCGGGCAGAAAAACGGUGCAACUAAUACAAGCUCUGGAGGAGGUUCAAGAAUUUCACCAGUUGGAAUCAAAUCUGCAAGUAUGUCAGUUUCUUGCUGACACUCGCAAGUUUCUUCACCAAAUGAUCCGAACCAUUAACAUUAAAGAGGAGGUCCUGAUCACAAUGCAGAUCGUCGGGGACCUUUCUUUUGCUUGGCAGUUAAUUGACAGUUUCACGUCUAUCAUGCAAGAGAGCAUAAGGGUCAACCCAUCCAUGGUUACUAAGCUCAGAGCUACAUUCCUGAAGCUUGCCUCUGCCCUUGAUCUUCCCCUUCUUCGUAUAAAUCAAGCAAACAGUCCUGACCUUCUCAGUGUGUCUCAAUAUUACUCUGGUGAAUUGGUGUCCUAUGUGAGAAAGGUUUUGCAGAUCAUUCCGGAAAGCAUGUUUACUUCUCUUCUCAAGAUCAUAAAGCUUCAGACCCACGAUAUCAUUGAGGUGCCAACCCGCCUGGACAAGGACAAACUGAGGGACUAUGCUCAGCUCGGCCCGCGCUACGAGGUUGCCAAGCUCACCCAUGCCAUUUCCAUUUUUACUGAAGGCAUCUUAAUGAUGAAGACAACGUUGGUUGGCAUCAUCAAGGUGGAUCCGAAACAGUUGCUGGAGGAUGGAAUACGAAAGGAGCUAGUUAAACGUGUUGCUUUUGCUCUUCAUAAGGGAUUGAUCUUCAACCCGCGAGCCAAGCCCAGUGAGUUGAUGCCCAAGCUGAAAGAAUUGGGGGCGACCAUGGAUGGAUUCCAUCGCUCUUUCGAGUACAUACAGGACUAUGUCAACAUUUAUGGCCUGAAGAUUUGGCAGGAAGAAGUUUCUCGUAUUAUAAAUUAUAACGUGGAACAAGAGUGUAAUAACUUCUUAAGAACUAAGAUUCAGGAUUGGCAGAGUAUGUACCAGUCUACUCAUAUCCCAAUACCAAAGUUUACCCCGGUGGACGAGUCCGUAACGUUUAUUGGUCGACUCUGCAGAGAAAUCUUGAGGAUCACAGACCCCAAAAUGACGUGUCACAUUGACCAGCUGAACACUUGGUAUGAUAUGAAGACUCACCAGGAAGUGACCAGCAGCCGGCUCUUCUCAGAGAUCCAGACCACCUUGGGCACUUUCGGUCUGAACGGCUUAGACAGGCUUCUGUGCUUUAUGAUUGUCAAAGAGCUCCAGAAUUUCCUCAGUAUGUUUCAGAAAAUUAUCCUGAGAGACAGAACCGUGCAGGAUACUUUGAAAACCCUCAUGAAUGCUGUCAGCCCCCUAAAAAGCAUAGUAGCAAAUUCGAAUAAAAUUUAUUUUUCCGCCAUUGCCAAAACACAGAAGAUUUGGACAUCUUAUCUCGAGGCGAUAAUGAAGGUGGGGCAGAUGCAGAUUCUGAGACAGCAGAUUGCCAACGAACUAAAUUAUUCUUGCCGGUUUGACUCCAAACAUCUGGCGGCUGCUCUGGAGAAUCUCAAUAAGGCUCUCCUAGCAGAUAUCGAGGCCCACUAUCAGGACCCUUCGCUUCCUUACCCCAAAGAAGACAACACGCUCUUGUAUGAGAUCACUGCCUAUCUGGAGGCGGCCGGCAUCCACAACCCGCUGAACAAGAUAUACAUCACAACCAAGCGCCUGCCUUACUUCCCAGUUGUCAACUUCCUGUUUUUGAUCGCACAGUUGCCAAAACUGCAGUACAACAAAAACCUAGGCAUGGUCUGCCGGAAGCCCGCCGACCCCGUGGACUGGCCGCCGCUCGUCCUGGGAUUGCUCACGCUGCUGAAGCAGUUCCAUUCCCGCUACACCGAGCAGUUCCUGGCGCUGAUCGGCCAGUUUAUCCGCUCCACAGUGGAGCAGUGCACAAGCCAGAAGAUACCGGAAAUGCCCGCGGACGUUGUGGGCGCCCUCCUGUUUCUGGAGGAUUAUGUUCGGUACACAAAGCUACCGAGGAGGGUUGCUGAAGCGCACGUGCCUAACUUCAUCUUCGAUGAAUUCAGAACAGUCCUGUGACUUUGACCUCUGCUCCCCCAAAGGCCUGUCCUUACGUCUCCCGGUGACUAAAAUGAAUUUAGAAAUGAAGAAACAGCUGCUCAGACCUGCAUUGCUCCCCUUCAGGAUGGGAAACAUCAGAUACUGAGUAAGACCGUCUCGUGGCCCUCGUUCCUAUAAUUUUGUUUAAAUCAUGGUAUUAUAUGCAAUUUGUAUCAUGUAGAAGCAGAAGACAUUUUUGUACUGCCUCUUAUAAAUGCUGAAUGUAAUUGUCACGUAUAAAUCCAUUUAGUUUUAUGUUCUAAAGACCUAUUUGUGCAACUCGGGAUUUUCAGUAAAAUAGUCAUUGCCAGUGCC